AUGAACAAGCACACAUUCAGAAAUAAUAAAAAAAAAAUAUCCAAGGAUAAUUAUGAAGACUUAAAAGAAGAAAAUCAACUGUUCUUCAAGUCUCUUACAAAAAUUAAUAAUAUUUAUAGUACUAUAUUGAGUAGUAGUAAUUCUUCUUAUUAUUUUCAUACAUAUGAUAAAAAUAAUUUGUCAUAUAAUAAUCCUGAAGAAAAUCAUUAUCAUAACAAAAAAAGUAAAAAAAAAAAGAAAAAGAAACAAAAAAUAUACAUAUAUGAUACUAUAAUUAACACCAAUAAAAAUGAUGUCUUAUCAAAGAAUAAAAAAACAAAUUAUUCUUCCAAAGAAGAUGAUAUGUAUCUCUCUUAUUCAACAAAAACAAAUAAAUCAUAUUCUUUAAAAAAAGAUAAUUCUUAUAUAUUUUAUAGAAUAAAAAGUAAUAAUAGCCUAAGCUCUGACAAAUAUACAACCAAAUAUAUUACACAAUAUCCAACAUUCAAAUAUUGUAAAUCCAUAAAAAGCAAAGCAUUCAAAAUAGAAAACAAAGAAACAAAAAAGAAACAAAGAUUUAAACAAAAAAAUAUGAAAAAAUUUAUGAAAAAAGAUAUCAACAAAUAUAUUUACCAUCAAUCAAAAAAAUAUACAACUAUAAACAAAAUUAAUUAUUUUAAUCAUAAAAAUUAUAUAACAUAUCAAAAACAAACAUAUAAAUCUCCUCAAUUUAAUGAUAAUACACAAUCUUAUAAGUCUCUGUAUUCUUCUUCUACAAAUAAUAUAUCCCUAACUAUGCAAGCAAAAAAAAAAAAAGGAAAAAAAAAAAAAUUCAUUCAUCCAACAAAUUUUAAUUGUAACUAUUGUAAUAACUAUCAAUGUAAUUGUGAACAACAUAGUAAGCAAGAAUAUAUUAAUUAUAUUUUACGAACAAUGAAAAAACAAAAAAAUAAAGUAAAUGCACUCGAAAAAAAUACAGAGAGAAUAUUAGAUGUAGUAGAACUAUUGUUAUAUAAAAGAAUGAAGGAUGUAUAUUUAUGGAAAAAAAUUAUAUGUAACCAAGAACGUUAUAAAGAAUUAUAUCCACGAGUAUUCUACUUUAACAACAAUGACCCCUUAAUAGAUACACUUGACCAAAAAAAAAAAUUCCUUCCAAAAAUCCCAGCACACCAACACUUAACUUCUUACUCAGGACCAUCACCUUUCGAAAUUUUUGGUAAAUACUACACUUCAUAUAAAGAUUUUUAUAAGUUAAUCAAAGUUAAUAUUAAAUCCUAUGAUAUACAACAAUCAUCAUUCACGUUCAAUAAUUUUUUUUACAAACCACUUCUAUGCUCUGAUUCUUUUGAACUAUUCAAUUAUUAUCAAAACAGGCAAUUGGACUUAAAUAAUCAUAUUAGAAAAACAUACAAAAAAAGAAAACAAAAAGGUAUGGACCAUAUAAAAGAUAUAAACAGAGUAGACCAUGGAAACAAUAUGUAUAAUUUAAACAAGGUGAACAAUUUUUCAUCAUGUACUGGUAACUAUGAUUUAGAAAAAAGAAAACAUAUAAACAGACAUAAUUACAAUUUUAUUAAAAUGGAUGAAAUACCUAAUGAACUCAUAGAGCUUUUAAAAUAUAAAAAUAUACACAUAUAG